UGGGCCCGGUUCCGGGCCGUCCGGGACGGCGCCGGGGCCAUGUCGGCGCCGCAGCCGCUGCAGAUCCGCGAGGCGAACGCACACCUGGCGGCUGUGCACCGGCGCGCGGCGGAGCUGGAGGCGCGGCUGGACGCGGCGGAGCGCACAGUGAGCGCCCAGGCCGAGCGCCUGGCCCGCCACGACCAGCAGCUGCGCGCUGCGCUGGAGGAGCUGGGCCGCGCCAAGGACUGUGAGAUUGCCGCUCUCCAGGAGCAGCUGCUGACCUCCGAGGCCACGGUCCACAGCCUGCAGGCCGCCCUGCGCCAGAGGAAUGAGCUCAUCGGGCAGCUGCAGCCCCGGGCUGAGCUGCUGCAGGACAUCUGCCGUUGGCGGCCACCCGUGGCCGGGCUGCUGGCCGCCCUGGCCGAAGCCGAGCGCCUAGGGCCCUUGCCAACUGGAGACCCCAGCCACCCACCCCCCAGUGGGCCCGGUCCAGGCCUUGCCAACAGCACUGGGGACGAGGAAGACAGGAACCACCUGCAGCCUGCGGUGUUUGGGACCACCGUGUGAGCCCUAGAGCACAGAUCCCACAACGGAGACGGACUUCCACUGCUGUGGGUGUCCUCAGGGGUCACCUGUGUCCGAGAGGGGGCCCCGUGGCACAGCCAUAAUCCUUUCCAAGCACCAAAACCUGCUAAAAAGUCGUAGGUUUCAAGCAGGCAGCCCGUGGGCCAAAGGCAGAUGUGUAGCCCAGAGAGUUUUUUGGUUUUGUUCUGCUCUUGUCGUUUCUUAAAGAUUUUAAAUAAUCUCUUUGUGGGGCUUGAACUUCCAACUCCGAGAUCAAGGGGCCCAUGCUCUACCCACUGAGCCAGUCAAGUGUCCCUUGUUUUUGUUUUUAAACAAAACUUUUAAGUCAGUCAACUUACUGAAAAUUUGGCAAUGUUUACACAAAAAUCUGGAUUUCUGGCUUCAGUCUUGGUCACGCCUGCUUGGAUCUGAGCCCGGGAUACCCUCUUCAGCCAAAGUGUGAGGUCCGAUUGGCUCUCUUGCCUCUCUUAGGGCCAGAUGUGCGGCCCCUGAAGCAUCUGACAUCUCUGUCGCUUGUGGCGGCAGAUGAUCGAGUUUUGCUCCACCUUUUCCCCCUGCCCUGAUUCCCGUUCCUUCCGAAGCACCUCUCGUCCCAGGCUAAAGCUUUUUCUUUCUUAUCCUUCAUCCCACUCCAGAAUUGGGAACCUCAAGACUUGUUCCGUUUUGCCCUGGUUGUAGGAAGACAAAUUUUUAAUGCUAGAUUUUUCUCUCCCCCUAACUCUGUCCUUCUGUCAACCUUUAGCCCAGAAGGCAGAGCGUGCGUGUGAGACAUUGUGAGAUGUUGGCAGCUAGGCUGUGCUGCCCCGGAAAACUCAGGCAUCCCUCAACCUUUUCUUGAUACAGUCCUUCCUGAGGGACUUCCCACUGGCUCUUCCCUCUGCCUAGAACAUUCUUCCCCCAGAUGUCACAAGGACCAGUUCCUUGUCCCUCAGAUCUUUGCUCAGAAGUCACCUCCUCAGAGGGGUCUUCCCUGAUUGCCUUAUCCGAAGUGAUUCCCAUCAUUCUGUUAUCUCUAUGGAACUUCUUGUCACCAGAGUGUCAGCUACUCGAGGGCAGGGUUCCUGUUAUCACCAGGAGGAGGUUCCUGGGACCUCCGUAGGAACAGGAUGGGUUUGUGGGCCCUGAAGGGAGUUAGCGAACCCCAGCACAUCUGAUGAGCCCCCUGGCCAGUUUAGGUUUUGUAGCAAGCAGCUGGCUCCUUUUUAUAUUUUCUAGAGAAUCUUUUUUUUUUUUUUUUUUUUUUAAUCUCAUUUCCCUGCUGCCCCUUCUUGGCCAGAGACAUCCAGGGUGCCUGUUUUUGUUUUUAAAUCAAACCAGGGAAUCCUGUGCCUUUCUCUGCCCAGCCGAAUGAAGCGCCCAGCCCGGUACCACGGUAGCCAUUUGCCCGCCUCCUUACUCAGGGAAUUUCACACCAAGAACUGCCAAGGGGCAGGGCCUGUUUUGGCCUGGAAAGGUCGGUGUCCCUCCCCAGCCCCCAGGAUGGUGCUGCCUGCCCACCUGGUGUCUCACAGUGACCCCUCAGUGUAGGAACAAUGGCCCCAUUUUCUAAGGAUGACUAAGGGGGGGCUGCUCGUAUGAGGGAAAGGCAGGCCGAGGCCUGUCUGAGCUCAAGAAUAAACUGAAUGAUUUCUUGGCCUUGGUCCUUCCUCCUUCCUCCUUCCUGGGUGGGGACUGGAGGGGUGGCCCGGGUGCCGUUCCAGGGUCAGGGUGGGGUCCUGCCUGGCGGGGAGACACAGGUUACAGCCACGGGG